CCGAUCAGCGGCGCUGAAUGAUCGCGUCAUUUCCUGCUCACACUUCCGCAACUUCUCAGCUUCUGCUGCCAAAAAUACUCCUUUUCUGAACCAUAAGAUGAAUAUUCUCAGAAAACCAAAGGAUAUUGCUGCCUUGUACCGGGAAUUCAGUCAGUUUCCAUCUCUGUCUAGUGUGUCUAUAGGCCCUGAAGUCACCACACAGUAUGGGGGAAAAUACAGCAAUAUCUACACAGAAUGGUCACAGAGAGAUCUGGAUCGUAGCGAACAAGUGAAGUUUUGCCGACAGUACAUUGUUUUUCAUGACAAUAAUACUGUUGUAUAUUCUGGGGCUUGUGGAAAUGGAAGUGAAAUUAAGGGCGAACUUCUCAGCAAGGAGUCCCCUUCUGGAACCCUGAAAGCUGUCUUGCGGGAAACUAAAAACAUCAAAGGGGAGGACACUCAGUUCCUAGAGAUUUGGGAACGGAAUCGCAAGGUGAAAAGCAUUAACCUGACAGCGCUGGAUAAGCAUGGAAAGGUGUAUGAGGAUGAGCAGUUUGGAUGCCUGUCCUGGUCACACUCAGAGACUCACCUGCUGUAUAUUGCUGAGCGGAAGCGACCCAAAGCAGAGUCUUUUUUCCAAGCAGCCACAGGAGAGCUGAGUACAGGAGCUUCUGAGGAAGAGGAGGAUGGAAUCAAUAAACCCAUCAAGGGGGACCAGUUUGUGCUGCAUGAGGACUGGGGGGAAGGACUUGUGAAUAAAAGUGUUCCGGCUCUGUGUGUCUUGGAUAUUGAGGGCAGCAACAUUUCUGUCUUGGAGGGGAUCCCAGACCAUAUAUCUCCUGGACAGGCUUUCUGGUCUCCUGAUGACACUGGAGUGGUGUUUGUUGGCUGGUGGCACAGUCCUUUCCGAGUGGGGCUUAAGUAUUGCGCCAACAGGAGAUCAGCUCUGUUCUUUGUAGACUUGACAGGGGGUAAAUGUGAGAUGCUGUCCUCAGACUCCUCUGCAGUGUUUUCUCCCCGCCUGAGCCCGGACAAAUGCCGAAUUGUGUACCUGAAAUGUAAUGUGUAUGGGCCUCACCAGCAGUGCUGCCAGCUGGUUAUGUAUGAUUGGUAUACCAAGGUGACGUCUGUUGUUGUGGAUACUGUGCCAAGAUCCAUAGAAGGAAAGUUCUCAGGCAUCUACACCUCUCUACUGGCACCAUUUUGUUGGUCAGCAGACAGCCAGAGAGUGAUUCUGAGCACUGCACAGCACAGCCAGGAGAACCUGUUUGUCGUUGAUACAAUGACAGGAAAUGUAACACAUCUGUUCUCUAAAGAGUCUUCACCAGGUAGUUGGAAACUUAUGGCUAUUGAUCGGGACCUCCUUGUAGUUAGCUUUUCUUCUCCAAGCUGUCCCCCAACACUAAAAGUCGGCUUCCUUCCAUCGAGUGGGAGAGAAGAGGAGAUUACGUGGAUUUCGUUAGAGGAGGAAAGUCCUAUUGUAGACAUAGAAUGGAGUUUCAAGACCCACCAUCCACCUCAAGAGCAGGAAAAUCCAAAAUAUCCUGGCCUUGUGUUUGAGUCCAUCCUCUUAAAGCCAAAGAAUUCCCCACCUGAAAGCAAGAUUCCACUGGUUGUAUACCCACAUGGGGGUCCACACUCUACAUUUGUCAGCGAAUGGAUGCUGUUCCCAGCUGUCCUGUGUAAAAUGGGUUUUGCUGUGCAGCUAGUAAACUACAGAGGAUCCUUAGGAUUUGGUCAAGAUAGUAUCCUCUCACUGCCAGGCAAUAUUGGGGACCAAGAUGUGAAAGAUGUGCAGUUUGCAGUGGAGCAGGUUCUAAAGGAAGACCCCAUAGAUCCACACAAGAUUGUAUUAUGUGGAGGGUCACAUGGUGGCUUCUUGUCUUGUCAUUUGAUUGGACAGUAUCCCGGAUUCUAUGUAGCCUGCAUUGCCCGGAACCCAGUGACCAAUGUGCCAGCAAUGGUAGGAUCAACUGACAUUCCAGACUGGUGCCUUGUGGAAUCUGGCUUGCCCUAUUCUUCUGAGACUCUUCCAGAUCCUGCACAGUGGGGAGACAUGCUUAAAAAAUCCCCUAUAGGAUAUGUAUCACAGGUAAAGACCCCAGUCCUUUUGAUGCUUGGAGAAGAAGACAGACGGGUCCCUAACAAACAGGGACUGGAGUAUUAUCGAGCUCUGAAAGCUCAUGGUGUACCUGCACGGCUGCUUUGGUAUCCAGGAAACAAUCAUUCACUGGCAAAGGUUGAUGCAGAAUCAGACGGUUUCAUGAACAUUGCACUGUGGAUCCUGAAACAUAUGAAUCAAACAUGUUGAUUUUACACCACUUGGUUUUGUUUUUUAACUCCUCACUGCACUAUGGGCCUGUAGGGGACUGAUCCAGCCUCUAAGAAUGGAAGAUGGAUUUUAACCUAAUGUGUAUGAUAAUUUAAUUUGUGGUGGUAAAGGUACAUACGUUCAUCUGUCUAGGAAUGAACUAAAAAUAUGAUCCACAAUAAACCCAUUGUGAGUUCACAUGCUAUUCUCUACUAGAAAAGGCUGUAGAGCAGGGAUGUUGAACUUCCAUUUCGACAGCUGUUGUUCAAGUACAACUUCUAACAACUCUUCAUGGGCCCUUAGAUUGUAGUUUAUCGAAAGAUAGAAAAGCCUGAGAUACUAACAGUGCCAGAUAGGGAUGCCAGGGGCACAACAAAGAAAGUUAGACCUCAGGCUCAUACUCCUCAUUAUUUUGCGUAUUCUCCAUACUUUAUACUCCUAUUCUCUUCUUUUUACAUACUGUCCUCUAGCUUUCAUUUUCAAAAAGAAAUGGUUAAAAAACAAAAUAUGGGCUUGGUGAACGGGUGGGCCCACUGACACCUAAGCCCUGCUGGCGUUUUCCCUAGUGGGCCAGUCCAACACUGGAUUAUAAGGGUAAGGACACACAGGUGUCUUGUCAACCUGCGGAUAUGCGCAGGCUGACAACACGCCCGUAUGCUUAAAAAAAUCUUCUCAUUGUGCCUGCACCUUGAAACAUUAUAUCCACCCGUGACAGCCCCUAUCCACCAACAAACACCAAGUCUCAUGUUAGUGUACAUUGGUUGCAUGUGCCUGCUCCCAGGAGAUUCAGUGCUUCUGGGUGCAGGCACAAUAAGAUUUUAACUACCUACCCUUAUAGCAGGCUGACAGUGCACCCCAUGUGCCCUUGUCUAAAGGGUUAAGGGUGGUUUGUGGCUUUGUUUACACCACUGAGUCACAUUUUUUGACUGGAAUUACAUGGCAUAGGAGGGGCUCGUCCUUCCUGUCAGAUUCUCACUUCCUUUUUAGAUGUUUGCAUAUUUGUUAAAUGCAAUAAAGUAUCAUUCUGAGGAA